CUGUCCUCGCACCCCUGCUCCCGACUCCAGGGCUGUGCAGGCGUCUGGUUGAGACAUGGCGGACUCGGGCUGCGAGAACCUCCGCAGCCAGGAGGCAGGGAGUUUUCUCUACUUCGCCUACGGCAGCAACCUGCUGACGGAGCGGAUCCACCUCCGAAACCCCUCGGCCGCGUUCGUCGGCGUGGCCCGCCUGCAGGAUUUUAAGCUUGACUUUGGCAAUUUCAAAGGCAAAACAAGUGAAACUUGGCAUGGAGGUAUAGCCACCAUUUUUCAAAGUCCUGGCGAUGAAGUAUGGGGAGUAGUAUGGAAAAUGAACAAAAGCAAUUUAAGUUCUCUGGAUAAUCAAGAAGGGGUUAAAAGUGGAACAUAUGACCCAAUAGAAGUUAAUGUUUACACUCAAGAAGGAAAAAAAAUAACCUGUCGAAGUUAUCAAAUGAAAAGUUAUGAGUGCGCUCCUCCAUCGCCCCAGUAUAAAAAGGUCAUUUGCAUGGGUGCAAAAGAGAAUGGUUUACCACUGGAGUAUCAAAAGAAGUUAAAUGCAGUAGAACCAAAUGACUACAAAGGAAAGGUCUCAGAAGAAAUUGAAGACAUUAUCAAAAAGGGGGAAACAAAAACUCGUUAAGAACAUAAUAGAAUAUGUCUAUGAAUGUUUUCUCCAUGUGCUAAUAUAUUUUUAAUGUUUAGAAAAGGGAUCUGGGAUAUCUCUAUGUUUAUAUAUUUUCACCAGUCCUCUGAAGGGAUAUCUCACUUGGGUGAUUCUUUGUUUUCAGACUAUGAAAAGAAACUGGCUUAGCAGUUAGACAAUUGAAAAGCGGGCCUUGAACGCAUGACAAAUGGAUGUGGAUAUUCCUUCUGUGAACACUGAGUUAUUUUCUUGAGUUGAUCUGAAGUGUAUUCUUGCUCUGUGACAAAGGAUAGAUUUGCAACUUAAUGAUGGUGCUGUUGAAUUGCUCUGCUCUGGGAUGUUUUUUAUCAGCUUAAUAAGAGCAAGCAAACUUCAGAGACAGUUGAUAAUAAAUUUUUUUUAAUUUAAAAGAUG